AUGUCUUACAAACCCGAAAAUCCUCCUCCCUCGUACCCCCCUCCGACCCAUGACGGCGGUCCCUACCACCCCGGCGCGUCGCAAGACUACUACAACCAAGGCUACAAUCAGGGCUACAACCAAGGCUAUCCGCCUCAGAACUACGGCCCUCCGCCGCAACAAGGAUACUACGGAUCUCCCCCACCCCAAGGCCAACCGAUGUACUAUCCUCCCCCGCAGCAACAACAAGGUUAUUACGCCGGACAAGACCGGGGCGGAUCAUCGGGCGGUGGAAUCUGCGCGGGUAUAAUGGCUGCGUUGGCUUGCUGUUGCUGCUUGGAUAUCUUGUUUUAG